AUGGCGGCACUGUGUCGGACACGUGCGGUGGCUGCCGAGAGUCGUUUCCUGCGAAUAUUUGUGUCCUCCUGGCCUUUUCGGGGCUCAGGCACACAGAGUAGUUCCGGAAGUGAGGGUUCCGAUUCCACGGAGCCUCAGACUCGCCUGAGUGGCUUUGCAACCGCGUUGGAGAGACACUCGGAGCUGCAGCGGCAGGCGGAACCCCGGCAGAUUAGAGGCUCUUCAAAGAAUGUGGAAUCCUUCGCAUCUCUGUUGAGACACUCGCCUCUUACACAGAUGGGACCUGCCAAGGAUAAACUGGUCAUUGGACGGAUCUUUCAUAUUGUGGAAGAUGAUCUUUAUAUUGACUUUGGUGCCAAGUUUCACUGUGUAUGUAAAAGACCAGAAGUGGAUGGAGAGAAAUACCAAAAAGGAACCAGAGUGCGGCUUCGGUUAUUAGAUCUUGAGCUUACGUCUAGAUUCCUGGGAGCAACGACAGAUACAACUAUACUAGAAGCUGAUGCCGUUCUCUUAGGACUCCACGACAGUAAAGACCUCGGUCAGAAGAGGGGCCUCAUGAAGAAGAAGUGA